AUGGCCGUCUCCAGGCUUGACCGUCUUUUUAUCUUACUGGAUACUGGCACUACUCCAGUUACAAGAAAAGCUGCUGCACAGCAACUUGGAGAAGUGGUAAAGCUUCAUCCACACGAACUACAUAAUCUCUUAUCUAAAGUGUUGAUAUACUUAAGGAGUACAAAUUGGGAUACUCGGAUAGCAGCAGGACAAGCUGUUGAAGCUAUAGUGAAAAAUGUACCUGAGUGGAAUCCAGUGCCAAGAACCAAACAAGAACCUACUUCAGAAAAUGCUAUGGAAGAUUCAUCUACUACCGAUCGAUUGAAUUUUGACAGAUUUGAUAUAUGUAGGUUGUUACAACAUGGGGCAUCACUAUUGGGAUCUGCUGGUGCAGAAUUUGAAGUACAAGAUGAAAAAUCAGGUGAAGUGGAUCCUAAAGAGAGGAUAGCACGCCAACGAAAACUAUUACAGAAGAAACUUGGCCUUAAUAUGGGAGAAGCCAUUGGAAUGAGUACUGAAGAACUCUUUAAUGAUGAAGAUUUAGAUUAUACCCCAACUUCAGCAGCCUUUGUAAACAAACAACCUACUCUCCAGGCAGCUGAACUUAUUGACUCAGAAUUUCGAGCAGGAAUGAGCAAUAGACAAAAGAAUAAAGCUAAAAGAAUGGCCAAGUUAUUUGCAAAACAGAGAUCCAGGGAUGCAGCGGAAACCAAUGAGAAGAGCAACGAUAGCACUGAUGGAGAGCCAGAAGAAAAGAGACGAAAAAUAUCAAAUGUUGUUAUUAAUCAGUCUGCAAAUGAUUCCAAAGUUUUGAUUGAUAAUGUUCCAGAUAGUUCUUCCUUAAUUGAAGAGACAAAUGAAUGGCCUUUGGAAAGCUUUUGUGAAGAACUUUGCAAUGACCUUUUUAAUCCCUCCUGGGAGGUUCGACACGGUGCAGGCACUGGACUUAGGGAAAUACUUAAAGCUCAUGGGAAAAGUGGAGGUAAAAUGGGAGACAGUACUUUAGAAGAGAUGAUUCAGCAGCAUCAAGAAUGGUUGGAAGACUUGGUUAUUAGACUCCUUUGUGUUUUUGCAUUAGACAGAUUUGGAGACUUUGUUUCUGAUGAAGUUGUGGCACCAGUUCGUGAAACUUGUGCUCAAACAUUAGGUGUGGUGUUAAAACACAUGAAUGAAACAGGAGUUCAUAAGACUGUGGAUGUGCUGCUUAAGUUACUUACACAAGAACAAUGGGAAGUUAGGCAUGGUGGUCUGCUAGGAAUAAAAUAUGCUUUGGCAGUUCGUCAGGAUGUAAUUAAUACUUUAUUGCCUAAAGUUUUAACUAAAAUAAUUGAAGGACUCCAGGACCUUGAUGAUGAUGUCAGAGCUGUUGCUGCAGCAUCAUUAGUACCUGUGGUAGAAAGCCUUGUGUAUCUUCAGACACAAAAGGUACCCUUCAUUAUAAAUACAUUAUGGGAUGCUCUUCUGGAACUAGAUGAUCUAACAGCUUCAACCAAUAGUAUUAUGACUCUUCUUUCAUCCCUGUUAACUUACCCUCAAGUCCAACAAUGCAGUAUUCAACAGUCACUCACAGUUUUAGUUCCACGUGUCUGGCCAUUUUUGCAUCACACUAUAUCAUCAGUUCGAAGAGCAGCAUUGGAAACUCUGUUUACGUUAUUAUCAACACAGGACCAGAACUCUUCAUCUUGGCUUAUACCUAUUCUGCCUGAUAUGCUUCGACACAUUUUUCAAUUUUGUGUUUUAGAAAGCAGCCAGGAAAUUCUGGACCUCAUUCACAAGGUUUGGAUGGAAUUGUUGAGCAAGGCUUCAGUUCAGUAUGUGGUAGCAGCUGCUUGUCCAUGGAUGGGUGCUUGGCUUUGCUUAAUGAUGCAGCCUUCACAUUUACCUAUUGAUUUAAAUAUGUUGCUGGAAGUAAAAGCUAAAGCCAAGGAAAAAACAAGUAGUAAGAUACGCCAAGGCCAAAGCCAGAGUAAAGAAGUACUUCAGGAGUACAUUGCAGGUGCAGACACUGUUAUGGAAGACCCUGCCACCAGGGAUUUUGUGGUUAUGCGGGCCAGAAUGAUGGCAGCUAAGUUGUUAGGAGCACUUUGUUGCUGUAUUUGUGAUCCAGGCGUAAAUGUAGUAACCCAAGAAAUUAAACCGGCUGAAUCCCUUAGCCAGUUACUACUCUUCCAUUUGAACUCCAAAUCUGCCUUACAGAGAAUUAGUGUUGCUUUGGUAAUCUGUGAAUGGGCUUCUUUACAAAAGGAGUGUAAAGCUGUUACGUUAACUGUGCAGCCACGUUUACUUGAUAUCCUUUCAGAACACUUAUAUUAUGAUGAAAUUGCCGUCCCAUUCACACGAAUGCAGAAUGAGUGUAAACAGCUUAUUUCAACUUUAGCUGAUGCACAUAUUGAAGUUGGUAAUAGAGUAAACAACAAUGUUUUUACAAUAGAUCAAGCUAAUGACCUGGUCACUACUGUUUUUAAUGAAGUCACAUCAUCUUUCGAAUUAAAUCUUCAAGUGUCACAGCAGUUAGAUAGUAAACGACAGCAGGUCCAAAUGACAAUUACAGAGACCAACCAAGAGUGGCAAGUGUUGCAGUUGAGAGUGCAUACUUUUGCUGCAUGUGCAGUUGUGAGCUUGCAGCAGCUUCCGGAGAAAUUAAAUCCAAUCAUAAAACCUUUAAUGGAGACAAUUAAAAAGGAAGAGAAUACACUAGUGCAAAACUAUGCGGCUCAGUCUAUAGCCAAACUACUGCAGCAGUGCACAACGAGGACACCCAGUCCAAAUUCAAAAAUUAUAAAAAACCUUUGUAGUUCCCUUUGUGUGGACCCCUAUCUAACUCCUUGUGUCACAUGUCCAGUGCCAACACAAAGUGGCCAGGAAAAUUCUAAAGUAUCCAGCUCCGAAAAAGAUGGAAUGCACCAUACUGUCACCAAGCACAGAGGUAUAAUUACACUCUAUAGGCACCAGAAAGCUGCUUUUGCAAUCACAAGUAGACGAGGUCCUACGCCCAAAGCAGUAAAAGCUCAAAUAGCAGAUCUUCCUACAGGAAAUAGUGGAAAUAUCCUUAUAGAACUUGAUGAGGCCCAGAAACCUUACCUGGUACAACGGAGAGGAGCUGAAUUUGCCUUGACAACUAUAGUGAAGCAUUUUGGUGGUGAAAUGGCAGUGAAAUUGCCACAUCUCUGGGAUGCUAUGGUUGGUCCAUUGAGGAAUACUAUCGACAUAAAUAAUUUCGAUGGAAAGUCUCUCCUGGAAAACGGAGAUGGCCCUGCUCAAGAAUUGGUAAAUUCUCUGCAAGUUUUUGAAACGGCAUCAGCAUCAAUGGAUCCUGAGCUUCAUCCUUUGUUGGUACAGCAUUUGCCUCAUCUUUAUAUGUGCCUUCAAUACCCCAGCACUGCAGUGAGACAUAUGGCUGCUCGUUGUGUAGGAAUCAUGAGUAAAAUCGCUACCAUGGAAACAAUGAAUAUUUUUUUGGAGAAAGUUCUUCCAUGGCUGGGAGCAAUUGAUGACAAUAUCAAACAAGAGGGUGCAAUUGAAGCACUUGCCUGUGUAAUGGAACAAUUGGAUGUCGGCAUUGUUCCAUAUAUUGUCCUUUUAGUUGUACCUGUGUUGGGAAGAAUGAGCGAUCAGACAGACAGUGUAAGAUUUAUGGCUACGCAGUGCUUUGCAACACUAAUUAGACUCAUGCCACUUGAGGCAGGCAUUCCUGACCCUCCAAAUAUGUCAGAAGAAUUAAUCCAAUUGAAAGCCAAGGAACGACACUUUUUGGAGCAAUUGUUAGAUGGGAAGAAAUUGGAAAAUUACAAAAUUCCAGUACCAAUCAAUGCUGAACUCAGAAAAUAUCAGCAGGAUGGUGUGAACUGGUUAGCAUUUCUUAAUAAGUAUAAACUUCAUGGAAUUCUAUGUGAUGACAUGGGGUUAGGAAAAACUUUACAGUCCAUCUGCAUUCUAGCAGGAGAUCAUUGUCACAGGGCCCAGGAAUAUGCAAGAUCAAAAUUGGCAGAAUGUAUGCCACUUCCUUCCUUGGUGGUUUGUCCACCAACAUUAACAGGUCACUGGGUGGAUGAAGUAGGUAAAUUUUGCUCCAGAGAAUAUCUCAAUCCAUUGCACUAUACUGGACCUCCUACUGAAAGAAUAAGGUUACAGCAUCAAGUAAAAAGGCAUAAUCUGAUAGUGGCUUCAUAUGAUGUUGUGAGGAAUGACAUAGAUUUCUUUAGAAAUAUUAAAUUUAAUUACUGUAUUCUUGAUGAAGGCCAUGUCAUCAAAAAUGGAAAAACAAAAUUAUCAAAAGCAGUAAAACAACUGACUGCUAAUUAUAGGAUUAUUCUUUCUGGAACACCAAUACAGAACAAUGUUUUGGAGCUGUGGUCAUUAUUUGAUUUCCUCAUGCCAGGAUUUUUGGGGACUGAACGCCAGUUUGCUGCUCGAUAUGGUAAACCUAUAUUAGCAAGUAGGGAUGCUCGAAGCUCUAGUCGAGAACAAGAAGCAGGUGUCCUUGCGAUGGAUGCACUACACCGCCAAGUCCUGCCAUUUCUUUUGAGAAGAAUGAAAGAAGAUGUUUUACAAGACCUUCCACCCAAAAUUAUUCAAGACUAUUACUGUACUCUCAGUCCUCUCCAGGUCCAGCUCUAUGAGGACUUUGCCAAGUCUCGUGCCAAGUGUGAUGUUGAUGAAACAGUUUCUUCAGCUGCACUUUCUGAAGAGACUGAAAAACCAAAGCUUAAAGCUACAGGCCAUGUAUUCCAGGCGUUACAGUACUUACGUAAACUGUGCAACCAUCCAGCAUUAGUCUUAACACCUCAACACCCAGAGUACAAGAGUACUACUGAAAAACUGGCCGCUCAGAAUUCUUCACUUCAUGAUAUUCAGCAUGCCCCCAAACUCUCAGCUCUGAAACAAUUGCUGUUGGAUUGUGGUUUGGGAAAUGGCAGCACUUCAGAGAGUGGCACAGAGUCUGUUGUGGCCCAGCACAGGAUCCUGAUCUUCUGCCAGCUAAAAAGCAUGCUUGAUAUAGUAGAGCAUGAUCUUCUCAAGCCUCACUUACCCUCUGUCACUUACCUGAGAUUAGAUGGAAGCAUCCCUCCGGGUCAGAGGCAUGCCAUUGUUUCACGGUUUAACAAUGAUCCGUCCAUAGAUGUUCUCUUACUUACAACUCACGUUGGUGGCCUGGGGCUUAACUUAACAGGCGCUGACACAGUGGUAUUUGUGGAGCACGACUGGAAUCCCAUGCGCGAUCUACAAGCCAUGGACCGGGCCCAUCGCAUUGGGCAGAAACGUGUGGUAAACGUGUACCGAUUGAUAACCAGAGGAACACUGGAGGAGAAAAUAAUGGGUUUGCAGAAAUUCAAGAUGAACAUAGCGAAUACAGUUAUUAGCCAAGAGAAUUCUAGUUUGCAGAGUAUGGGAACAGAUCAACUUCUCGAUCUAUUCACACUUGAUAAGGAUGGCAAAGCAGAAAAAGCUGACACCUCUACUUCUGGAAAAGCAAAUAUGAAAUCAAUUCUUGAAAACCUGAGUGAUCUUUGGGAUCAAGAGCAAUAUGACUCAGAGUACAGCUUGGAAAAUUUUAUGCAUUCUCUCAAGUAA